AUGACUCAAAUAAAACACAACACCAACCUUGUUCUUAUCUUCUCCCUCUUCGGAAAACGAUAACACAUACUAUAUAACAUGUUUUGUGACAUAAUAACAACAAACUAUAACUGUUCAAAUCCCUUUUUGUGAUUGAUUCAAGUUGAGUUCAAUUUUAGGUUAACUAGUUUGUGUUUCAGAAAAUUUAUCAUAUCUUUGAUUGGUUAGAUUAGAUAUGUCAAGAUGUGUGAAGAGAUUGGGAAAAUGGGUUUCUUUGGGGAAAUCAGAAAGGGGUUUGUCUACUGCAUCAAGUAUUCAGAAAGAUGGUGUUGUUGAGAAUGGUGGAAAAUCAUUGAACCUUUAUUCUGCUAUUAAUCAAGCUCUUCAUAUUGCAUUGGAUACUGAUCCUCGUGCUUAUGUCUUCGGAGAAGAUGUUGGCUUUGGUGGGGUGUUCCGUUGCACAACAGGAUUAGCAGAUCGAUUCGGUAAAAAUAGGGUUUUCAAUACCCCUCUAUGUGAGCAGGGCAUUGUUGGCUUUGGCAUUGGUCUAGCAGCUAUGGGAAAUCGAGCCAUAGCAGAAAUCCAGUUUGCAGAUUAUAUAUUUCCUGCGUUUGAUCAGAUUGUCAAUGAAGCUGCUAAAUUCAGAUAUCGGAGUGGAAACCAAUUUAAUUGUGGCGGUUUAACAAUUAGAACCCCUUAUGGAGCUGUCGGCCAUGGCGGACAUUAUCACUCUCAAUCUCCUGAGGCUUUCUUCUGUCAUGUGCCGGGUAUCAAAGUGGUCAUCCCUCGUAGUCCAAAGGAAGCGAAAGGGUUAUUGUUAUCUUGCAUACGAGAUCCGAAUCCUAUUGUAUUCUUUGAACCAAAGUGGCUUUAUCGUUUGGCCGUUGAAGACGUACCGGAGGAUGAUUACAUGUUGCCAUUAUCCGAAGCCGAGGUGAUUCGGCAAGGAAGCGAUAUUACACUUGUUGGAUGGGGAGCUCAAUUAUCUAUAAUGGAACAAGCUUGUAUUGAUGCAGAAAAGGAGGGAAUUUCUUGUGAAUUGAUAGAUCUGAAGACACUAAUUCCUUGGGAUAAAGAAACAGUGGAGGCAUCCGUAAAGAAGACAGGAAGACUUCUUAUUAGUCAUGAAGCUCCCGUGACUGGUGGUUUUGGCGCUGAAAUCUCUGCUUCAAUUCUUGAACGCUGCUUCUCAAGGUUAGAGGCCCCGGUAGCAAGAGUUUGUGGCCUAGACACUCCUUUCCCUCUGGUUUUUGAACCCUUCUACAUGCCAACCAAGAAUAAGAUAUUGGAUGCAAUUAAAUCAACUGUCAACUACUAAUGUGCUUGAUCACUCUUUUCUUGCCACCAAUAUGAUCUUGAUGCCAUCAUGCUUGCAUUCAGUGAUCCAUUGGUGUGAUGCAUAGAUUUGGGAGGAAACUCAUUCAUGGUGGCUUUUUCUCCAAAUAAGGUCAACAAAAGAAUAAUGACCAUAUAAUGUAAUAGUAAUGUGAAAUAUCUCCAUUGUGAAUUCUCCUUCAACCAAAGAAUGUUCUUACGCUGAAUUAUACGUUAAAUGAUGAUGAUGAUGAUAUCUGUUUUUUUUCUUCAUAA